ACUGUUCUACAACACAAACUCAGGGACACGAACAGAGCACAGGGAGAAGAACACAGUAUGUCUCCACCAUGCGAACACCUGGCUGUGCACUCGGUCCCACACCACACCCUGACCCGGCUGGCACGGGCAUGGCUGGCAGAGGACACACCAAACUUUGAUCCUGCAGGAGUGUGUGUGGGCUCACGGGAAGUGGAAGCAAGGUUGCUGUGUAAAACUCCACACAGCAUCCUAGCUGGGUGUCCCUUCUUCACAGCAGUGUUCACUGAAGUGGGCUGCACAGUGGACUGGAUUUACCAGGAAGGAGCUGAGAUCGGUGAAGAUGCUGUCACCCUGACGGCUGUGGUGAGGGGCCCGGCAAACUCCCUCCUCCUCGGGGAACGACCGGCACUUAACUGCCUGGCUCGGGCAUCGGGCAUUGCCACCCGCUGCUCUCAGCUCCAGGCUAUUGCAAAGGCACACGGCUGGCACGGGGAGGUGGCUGGCACGCGCAAGACUACUCCGGGCUUUCGUCUGGUGGAGAAGUAUGCCAUGUUGGUUGGCGGCGUGUCCAUGCACAGACAGGAUUUGAGUGGGAUGGUGAUGUUAAAGGACAAUCAUGUGUGGGCAUCAGGAAGUAUCUCAGAGGCGGUGAAAGCUGCCCGCUCGGUGUGCGGCUUCAGCAGUAAGAUUGAGGUGGAGUGUCGUUCAGCAGAGGAGGCCAGGGAGGCAGCCAGAGCGGGAGCAGACGUCGUCAUGCUGGACAACUUUCAACCUCAGGAGCUCCGAGUCACAGCUCAGGCACUGAAGGAGGAGUUCCCUGCUCUUCUGAUAGAAGCCAGUGGAGGAGUCACCCCAGAAAACGUAGCUCUGUAUCUCUCCUCACAUGUGGACAUCGUUUCUCUGGGCUGCAUAACGCAGGGCUGCCCAGUGGUGGACUUUUCACUCAAGGUUCAAAAGCCUGAUGGUCGAUUAAACAGGAUGUUUAAUCAACCGCAAAUUGAUUGAUUAAAAAAAUCACCAAUAAAAUAUUUCUAAUAAAAUGCCAGACUGUGGCAAAUGUGA